CACUGUCAUUUGAUGCUAUCCGACAUUGUUCUAUCAUCAUUGGCGACCGCAACAGCCGGUUCCCUUGGCAUCAUGCCCUUCGCCAUGGGUACCAUGCUUCAUGAGGCAGGUAGGCAUCAUCGAGCGUCUUGCUCUAUGACGAUCAACAAAUUCCUCGGGCUGAUAAUCUUCGGACGGUAUGGACGGCCGAGGGAUAUAUGAAGAGGCUUCGUUCGAACCCUGUGGGAGAGUGGUAAGUGCGUCUCUUUGUCUACUGAUCUGAUAUCUUCCGUCACGAUGAAGACAACUACUUUAGUAUCAUUGCUUGGAGCCCAGGCAUCUUUUGUUUUUGCGUGUCAACACGAGAGACUCGAGCCUCGAGCACAGCAUCGUCAUGCUGGACAUGUCAAAAGACAGGCAACCCAGUUUCCUCCCACACUGGACCAAAACGAAGCACUUCUGGCCGGGUCCUUUGACAAUGCGUCGAUGGAAACAUGGUCGUACUACUAUACCCACGGUCUCCAUAUCGCGGGGACAAAUGAGUCCAUGGCCCAGUGGACCGCUGAUCGCUUCAGCGAAUUUGGGUGGUCAUCAGGUUUGGCCUCGUACUAUACUUAUUUGAAUUAUCCUGUCUCACACUCAUUGUCAUUGACAUAUUCCAACGGGUCGACAUUUACUGCUUCGCUGCGGGAAGAGGGUCUAGCUCAGGACGAUGUCACUACUUACCCGAACAGUGUACCGACUUUCAACGGAUACUCCGCCACAGGAGAUGCUCAAGCUGAGUAUGUCUAUGUCGGUAGAGGCCAGCAAGUCGACUUCAACCGUCUCAAGGCUCUCGGUGUGGAGCUCGAGGGCAAGAUCGCCCUUGCACGCUACGGAGGCCCAUUCCGUGGCCUCAAGGUCAAGAAUGCACAGGAAAACGGCAUGAUUGGGUGUAUCAUCUUUACGGACACGGACGACGACGGUGAAAUCACAGAGGCGAACGGCUACGCUGCGUAUCCCGACGGCCCAGCACGAAACCCGACCUCGGUCCAACGUGGAAGCGUCCAGUUCUUGUCCACGUAUCCUGGCGACCCGACGACUCCGGGAUACCCCUCUCGGUUCGACUCUCCUCGAACUGGCAUAUCGGCGGUGACGCCACAGAUUCCUUCCCUCCCCAUCUCCUGGAAAGACGCCCAACCUUUGCUUCAAGCUCUAGACGGUUAUGGAACCGACGGCGAAACGGUCAACCGUACAAAGUGGGUCGGCAAGCUCAACGCGACGUACUCGACGGGUCCGGCACCGGGCACCACACUGUCCAUGUCCAACGUGAUGCGCGACACCAUCACCUGGAUCUGGGACGCGGUCGGCAUCAUCAACGGCACCAGCCAGGACGAGGUUAUUGUCAUUGGCAACCAUCGCGACGCCUGGAUCAUCGGCGGCGCCGCGGACCCCAACUCGGGAACGGCCGUCAUCGUGGAGCUCGCGAAGGCGUUUGGCGCCUUGCUCCGGACGGGAUGGAAACCCAGACGUACCAUAGUGUUGUGCUCCUGGGACGCCGAAGAGUACGGGUUGCUGGGUUCCACGGAAUGGGUCGAGGAGUACAUCCCCUGGCUCAAGUCGUCGGCCGUCGCGUACCUCAACGUCGACGUGGCCACGUCGGGCCCCGAACCGGACCUCUCCGCCACGCCGGACCUGCACGCCCUCGCCACCGAGACCAUGAAAAAAGUCGUCUACCCUUACAAGGGCCAUACGGACCUAACCCUCUACGACGUCUGGUACAACCAGACCGGAGGAGAGGUCGGCGUGCUCGGCAGUGGGAGCGACUACACGGCCUUCCUCCACAACGGCAUCCCUUCUCUCGACUUUGGUGCCGGCAACGGGCCCACGGACCCCGUGUACCACUACCACUCCAACUACGACACCUACCACUGGAUGACGACGUUUGGCGACCCGGGUUUCGUCACCCACAAAGCCGUGGGCCAGUACCUGGCCAUCAUGGCUUACCACCUCGCCGACGACGCCGUCAUUCCGUUCGACGUCGAAAACUACGGGGUGCAAAUGACUCUGUACCUUGAUGACCUUCACGACGAGAUUGCCUCCUCCACCUCGACGACUACAAACAACAUCACCACCACCGUCGACUUGUCAGCCCUCGAAUCCGCCAUCGCGACGUUCAACGCCUCGGCGGCCGCCUUGACGAGCGCCAUCGCCUCCGCCACGACCAACGACGAGGUUCGGGUCAUCAAUGCCAAACUCCGAGACUUUAGCCGGGGUUUCGUGUCCCAGGGCGGUUUGCCCACGCGCGAGUUCUACAAGCACGUCGUCUUCGCCCCCGGCUUGGACACCGGGUACGCGCCCACCGAGUGGCCCGGCAUCACCGAGGCCUUCGAGGCGGGCAAUUACACCCUGGCUCAGACGUGGGUGGAAAAGUCGGCCAAGGCUGUGCAAGUUGCUGCUGGUAUUCUUCAACCGUGACAAGACAAUUCUUUGAUGGAAAAAAGUGGGGGGGGGGGAACAAAACAAA